CUCCACAAAUACAAUUGGCUCUUCUCAUUUCUCUGUUUUUAUCUUGAGUCUUCUUUGAUACACUAUUUCAUCAAAAUAAACAAAUAUAUCUAACAUAAACCAUGGAGAUCAAGAUUCAAUCCACUCAGUUCAUAAAACCAUCCAAGUUAACCCCGGAAGUUUUUCGCGAUUUCAAGCUAUCUAUUCUAGAUCAAUUUGCUGCAUCUUCAUACAUAAACCAGGUCUUCUACUAUAAGACUAGUUGUAAAGUUGACAUCCCAGAUAUAUGUGGUCAACUGGUCAACUCUUUAUCUGAGAUACUAACUUUGUUCUACCCAUUAGCCGGAAGAAUCAGAGAAACCGAGCUAGAAGUUGACUGUAGUGAUCAAGGAGUCAAGUAUCUGGAAACUCAAGUUAGCAUAAGUUUGGAUAAAUUUUUUGAACUAGGUCCUAAGAUUGACCAUAUUAGACGACUUAUCCGUGCACCAGACCAAGAAAAAAGCGCGUUGUUAAUUGUCCAGGUGAACAUCUUUAAAUGUGGCUCACUUGUUAUUGGAGUGAGUGGUUCACAUAAAGUCACUGAUGCAUACAAUUUAGUCAGGUUUGUUAACGAAUGGGCUAGCUUGAACCGUACAGGGCAAACAAGUGGUGCCUUUUCUAUUUCUUUUGAUAAUUUAGAUUCUGUUUUCCCACCAAAAGAAAUUGAAUCAUUUGAGGACUCACCCGUUAUAGAUAAGUCACAAACCAAAAUAGUUACGAAAAGAUUUGUGUUUAAUGGGAGUAUAAUAUCAAAACUAAGAGCAAAGUCGGGUCCUAGAAAUCCUAGACAUAGUCGAGUAACCUUGGUGGCUGCAAUUAUAUGGAAGGCUAUUAUCUCCGUUGACCAAGUCAAAAGUGGGAGCCUUAGGAAUUCUGUCUUGGCCCCUGCGAUUAAUUUAAGGGGAAAGACAAGGUUACCGAUAUCUGAAAGCUCGUUUGGGAAUGUGUGGGUUCCUUACUCAAUUCGUUAUUUACAGAACGAAAUGGAACCCAAGUUUGAUAAUCUUGUGAAAUUGAUAGAAAACACAACAAGAGAUGUUAUCACACGUCUUUUAAAUGCGACUAGUGAAGAGAUAUGUAAAGAGGCAAUGGCAUGUUAUGCUGAAGUUGGUGAAGAACUAAAGCAGAACAAGUUUGCUAUAUUUACUAGUUGGUGUAACUUUCCGAUAUACAAUGCUGAUUUUGGUUUUGGUAAGCCGUGUUGGGUAAGUGAAGCGGGGCGUUCACUUGAUAUGGUAACGUUAAUGGAUGACAAACAUGGGGAUGGAAUUGAAGCAUGGGUGAGUUUGAAUGAGAAAGACAUGUCUGUGUUUGAACAAAAUGAGGACAUUUUAAGUGUAUUGUCUUAAAUGAUUUGAUUUGUAAGUGUGUACGUAGCUACGAAUCUUGAUUUUUAUUUUGUAACAUGAAACACGGCGAAUAAGUUGUUUGAGACGAUGAACACUUGAUCAGGUUUGAUUUUCUUGCCGUUA